AUGCCUUCCACCUCUGUCAUCACAUCUUGCACUGUUGUUGCAGCAAUCGCCUACUUGACCAUGUCAAACCCUCUCCCUCAAACCCCAAGCAACGUGGCCUCCAAUCCGAGCUUGAGCUCACAAGGCAUGGGUGCUUCAGCCUCAGGCAUGGGAUCGGCUCCGGGAAGCAUGGACUCGGGAGCCAUGGGUGGAAAUGGUAUGGGCAACAUGGGAAGCGGAAUGGGAAAUCCCACUCCGAAAACUUCAGCAUCACCUGCCGGAGGGAACAGCAGCAUGGGACCAUACGCUUCAGCGCCCAAUGGAGCUUCAGCCGCACCUCAUCCUAAAGGUCAAUCAAGUAUGAGCAUGGAUGCCGGUUCCCCUGCCAUGCCCGGCAGCACGAAACCUGCCCCCAGCAUGUCACCUAGUCCAAACUCAGCAACUAGUCGCCCAAUGGCCGGAGGAAUGGAUUAUUCUUCGCAGAAGAACCACACAAAUACCAUGCCAGGCGCAAGCGAAAUGGGCUCCUCUGGCAUGGGCACCGAGUCUUAUGCCAGUCCAGCAGGAAUGAGCGGAGCAGGAAUGGGCGGAAAUAGUACCACAGGCUCUACCCCCAACAAACAUAUGCCUGCUCCAUCAAGCGCUUCAGGCUUUAGCCAUUAUUUGUUCGAAGUCUCGGGCGCAGCAAUGGCGUUUGUUCUCUUCGCUUAA